AUGGAGAUACCCGUUGAUCUAUCUGGAGUCAACUUAGAGUGGAUUGGGCAAGGCGCUUCGGGAUCAAUAUUUCUUAUUGACUCUUUCGAACCAGCAAUUUUGUUAAAACACAUCACCACCAGAGCCGAUACUCGCCGAAAUGAGUUCCUUAUUGAACCGAGAAUAGAGUGGUUCACCGAGACAUCAAGCCAGCCAAUGUUUUUGAAAGUCUUUGAUCGAUUUGGCAGCCACUAUGACUACGGGCUAUUCGCUACCGAAGAAAGGCAACUCAUCGACGUUGAGGUGCUUGAAUGUGAACAUGGAAUUCGUUUCAUUGUUGAAAAAUGCACAAUCUUUGACGUGAACAAACGCUCACGUGUAAGUGAACUGAUGGUCGAAAUUGAGGAUCUAUACAAGCAAGACGAAGAUGCUAUUUUGAUGAAUGUCAAACCGAUUGACAGCCCACUGGAAACUCGAUUAAUCAAACCGAUUGGAUUUGACCGGACAAAACGAAGAGUUUCUGUUGGUCAUAGUGACCUGUUCAACAUUGAAAUUGUUUAUGAAAACACGCAAAAUAGUGUAAAUAGUGUUCAGUCUCAAGCAUCUACUUCUGCUCAAGCUUUUGUGGAAAACUCUAGCCAGAUCCUCGCAACGAUGGAACAGAUUCUAGAAGAAAAUAAAGAAAUUCGUUUUCUUCAGCAAAAAACUCUUCAGCACAUUGAAGCACAACAACAGAAAAUGCAGGAUUUUGAGCUCAAGCUGGACCAACUACAAAAUCAAGAGCAGAAAACUCGUGAAAAAGUUGAACAUCACGAAAGAACAUUCUAUAAUAAAGGAGCACCAACUGGAUAUCCAGCGGGUAUCCUAGACAGCGGAUAUCCUAAAAAUGCAACAACGUCAAAUGAAUAUUUCUGCGAGAACUAUGAAGAUCGAAAGUGCAUGGUGUCGACAUCUGAUAGACUUACGCCCCCACUUCAAUCGGACGAUUUGAUACGCUACGCUUCUUCUGGCAACUGCACUCACCCACCUCAAACAAAAACCAGCAACAGUCACUACAACGCAUCACCGAGGACUCGUGAG